CUCCCUACAUGCAGAUUACACCUCCUUUUACUAUAGUGCAUUCCACUUAGUAUGUUAAUUGUAUUAUUGUCUGGGUUUCCAAUCAUUUAGAUUCGGAUAAAAUAGGUAUUUCUAUGAUGAAUAUGUCCCUUUGCUGCAGCUGCAUACAGCAGCCACUUAUAUCCUGCUGAAUAAACAGGGCUGAGAGCAGAUAGCAGCUAAUUAUAGGCACAACAGAUGUAUGAAACUGCAAAAGUAGUGCAAUGUUUAAUAAAAUGGAAAUUUUUAAUGAGCAAUCUUAGCUUAAAACAAAGAAAAUCAGUUUUUGCUUUGCUCUGUGGUGCAAAAGUGCAGUUAAACCUUUAAAUCCAUACACUCCUAAUAUCAAUUUUACCAUUUCAGAUAUGAACACACACAGUAUAGUAUAAACAUUAACAGUGAGCCGGCAGGAGGUUAUUAGGUUCAACCAUUUUUGAUGUAAAAUGUAAAAAAAAAUGUAAAAGUCUGAUGGCAAAAGUCUUUUCUUACCUUUCCUAUUUUAGUUCUUUAGUGCUGCUUUGUAUUGUCUGCAAUCAGUUUCUUCAAGGAAUAAAUGUCACUACAGUAACUUUUUGUAGUGACACUUAAAAACUCAUAUAUACUAAUACAUAAAAGGCCGGUGCAAAUGAUGAAAAGGCUCGAAUGCAUCAAAGCAAACACAUAAAAGAGGUCAAGCUUCUGCCUGACCAGAAGAAAGGCAUUUGGCUUUAAAUCAACCUGUCAUCUCCCUCCACCAUCAAUGACAUAGGGCCGGUGCUGCUAUGUUUGACACCAUUAUGUUGGAAAUACAGCCACUUUUACUGGCAUAUUUCACUGAUAGAUAAGAGUCCUGUAAAUGAUGAAUGUCAAAUAUACUGUUAAAGCUAUGAGACACAUAUACAGUGCAUGCAGUUAGCAUUUUAACUCAGAAAGGCUGAAUUUAUUGAACAGACUCCAAAAGCAGCAAUCCUUUCUUUUUGGCUUAUCGAUUUCAUGUGCAAAGUCUUGGUGCUCGGAAUAACAUCACAAGUCAAAUGAAUCCAAAUCUGAACAGUUUGUUUACAUCUGAAAGAGCCCAGAUGUUCUCAUCAUGUGUCUGUUUCAGUCUCCACUCUGUUUACCCUGAAGCACUGUUUUCCUUUGUGAUUUUCAUCUUCAGUGUUGACUCUAUAUCUUUAUAUAGACGUAAUCCAUGCCCCAGUCAGACUAUUUUGUUGGUGUAUAGGCAGCUACAAAUAAAUAUGAACGGAUUAUUUUGUUUCAAUUAACAGGUAGAAAAGGUGAGUUAUUUUGACUUAAUUAUCUGAUUGAACAUUACAUUUUCCCCUCUAAUAUUCAUUUUCAGGUGCUGUAAUUCAGUUAAGGUGUUGUCUUGGUAAACUAAAGCCAUUAUCAAGAUUCCCUUACAUAGAUGUAUAAAUACCAGCCUGUACCCCAAAAUACCCACUGGUGCUGUCCAUUAUGGAGCUAUGUCUGUUCAUCUUUUUAUAACUGUGUUGGAGGUAAUUUGUUAUUGGGACAUCAGUCAUUUCAUGCAUACAUAUUAAGCUUAGAAAGUGCUUCAGCAUUAAGAAUUUACAGAGGAAUGUGGAUUUACAGAUUCUGAUCCUUCAUCAAAUGUUCUUAGUACUUGAAGACAUGCUUGUAUAGCCAGUGGCAACUGAGGUAACAUCAACAAAGGCUCUCACAAACAUAUUUGUAAGAAGAGUCGACUGCACUGACUUUCACACACAGGCGAGUGUCAAACUUGAGUUUGAGGUUUCAUUGAAAGUGAAAUGGCAUUAAAAUUGAUUAUGUCCCCCCCGACAAAGAGCAGUUUUCCAUGGUGGAUCUGGUGUCUGUUUUUUCCAGUUGUUGGGUAUAAUUACUGACCAUGCAGAGAGAGAGCAGCAGAGUGCUUGUUUACUUAUUGAUGCUCAGCCCAGCGUUGGGACACUGCACAUAAAGAGGCUAAAUGACCCUGAACAUGAGGUCCUCUGUCUCUCUCAUCUGUCUGUUAAUAUCUCUGCCUGACAAGACAGCUGACACAUUUCUGUCUCUUCACUCCCUCUGUUGCACACCUGAGGUGAAGCAGAUUGAGUUGCACUGACCUCCUACAAUAUGGCUUUUUUCACAAACUCUUUUCCUCCUAGCCAAUGUCCUCCCUCCUCUGCCUUACCUCCCUCUCUGUAGCCUAUUUUGUGAACCAGAAAGUGGGGGCUGAUUGGGUUUCUCUCCUCUGCAGACUGGUUUAUGUGUUCCUGUCUCCAUCCCAGUGGCCUAGACUGAGGCGGGGUCAGGUUGCUCUGAGCCAGCACCAUUCAGUCCCAGUCACAGAUGACAAAACCCAGUGGCUAAUAGCUCUUCCUGACAGCAUUUUCUAUCAUAUUUUCUAUCAGUUGAAAACAUGUGAUCUACCUCAUGUUGGAAUCAUUCCAGCUAAGCUACAGGGGCGCUAACAGACUGCAGGAUCUAUUCAUGAUGUAUUUCAACCUGUGGCCACAUGAGCUCUAUUGCAGCACCUGACCAUUCAGUUUCGUCUACUGAAGCCCCAUUGAGUGUAAUUAUCUGCAGUUUUCUCCUUUGUGUGCAGCCUGCCUGCAUUUGCUGUUUGUUGCAGUGAUUCCUUCUCUCAUUAUUUAUAAAACGGUUGUUUUAUUUUAAUGUGUUUUUUUCCCUCCAAGACUGUCUGUAAUCACUGGGUUAACCUCUGACCUCUGCUUUUGUCAAACAUGUGGAUUAAUGAAACAGAGAAGGCCUAAAUGUUUCUCUGUCUUUUGUAUGAAAUAAAUGAAAUCUCACUCUGCACGCACUCCCAGUUGUGUAUGUGCAAAUUUAAAUGAAAAAUGAAUUUAAAUAAAUCUCGUCUGUAUUUGCACAGUGAAUCACUUCCGACCUGAUCCAUCUUAUAUAAAUGAUCUUCUGGGUCUCAAUCAAAAAUACUCUCUUCAAGUUUCCUUCCUAGAUUUAUCUUAGCUGACAGAUUGGAUUAAUAUUUUAGAGGGAGGAUCUUGUAAUCCCAACAGAGACAUGUGCAUUACAGCAGCUAGAGUGAGAUGCCAAAAAUCUGAUCUUCCCCCUAUUUUGGCGUUUUCUGCCAAAACAUGAAGUUCCUACGCGUGUUGCAAGACCAAAAACAUGUCAAAAACUCAUUCCAGUGAUCCUACAGGUUUUAUUAGGUCUCCUACCAUUCAAGCUCCUGUGCAGUGCACAUUUCAUUUCCGACCCCUGCUUAGUUUUCCUGAAACUGGACGCCGGGGCUGAUUAAUAAAACAUCCUUUGUGUGCUGCUGGCUGAUCACUGGAGCCCUUUCAGCUGUAUAAGUGGUGAAAGGCGACAUAAUCUCCCCACAACAAGAUCUGUGACUGAGAUUGAGAGACGCACAGAGGACAGAGACACUGGCACACAAGCAGGAGGACCGCAAAGAAAAGCCUUUGGGGGCAGCAUGUUAAAACCGCAGCAGCACGGAGAGCUCCUGCUGCACGACUCCCCGCCGGUGUUCGGGAAACCGUGGUACUGGCAGCGCAGCAGCAGCACCAUGGAGAGCACCCGCAGCCUGGCGCAGGUCAUCAUGGAGAUGCGCGAUGAAAUCAAGAAGCUGGAGGCGGAGAACCGGGAGCUGCGGGGACACAGUGGCCAGCGUUCAUUUGGGGCAACGCCAGGAGAAGCCAUGCCGGUGUCUGCAGCAGCAAAACAGCAGGCUGGAGUGGAGGAAAAUCCCUACGUGAACCUGAGACGGAAUGCGUCUGCGCCAGCGCUGGAGGGACAAUACAAAGAGACCACUGUCAUGACUGUCCGGAGAUACUCCACCAGCUCCAGCUUGUCCGGUGUGACCAUGAGAGAAGGGAGGAUUGACCGGAGCAGGCGUGCAAACUCUGGAUGGGGACGACUACAAGAACAAGUCCAGCAUGGGAACACUGUCUUUGGUAAUUCCGGCAAUGGAGAGGUUGGAAAAGUGACCAAUAGGCACUCUCUGCAGGAAUAUGUCCAUAAAAACAGGGCCAAGGUAAAAACUGUCACCUUCCUCCUACCUGUGGAUGACAUUUACACCAGCAGGCCGGUUCUGUCCAAACACCAGGAGGAGCCUAAAAUAACAGACCUGGCUGCCAUAACUGAAACCGAUUCUUGAGAGAGCGACUCUUAAAGACUUUGGAUGUGGCCACGGGACAAAAUGCAAACAUGAACUGAGCCUCCGUGGCCAGAGACAGGUUAGCCUCUUCAUCUAGGUCAGUGCAGAAAGGGCUCUUAAUGAGUGAGCCUGCAGACCGAUUUUUAUCACACCUGACCACACAAACACAGGACUCUGGUUACAGGUGUUGUUUUCAUCUGGCCAUGGCAAUCCGGGCCCCAUCAGCAGCGAUGAGACACGGGCCCCUCUGCAGUGAGGAUCGGAUGUCUGAACUCCUCUCCCGACCCGGGGUGUCGUUUCGGAGUGACACACACACCUGCAGGUGAUGGCCCUUUUACGGACACUUGUGGUCGCUGAGUCAGGCCUCGUGAGCAACGUCACAUUCAUUAUUUAUCUUUGUUCCUUUUCACCGUGCAAACUGAAAAUGGCAGUCAAGGGGCCACACGAAGAUGUGACCUGCUUUCUAAAGAGUGUAUUUUUUUUAGCACAAGUCUGCUUUCAUGUAUGAAAGUCUUCUUUAAAUAAACCAGUGUUUGGUUUAUUUAUAUGAAAUUUAAAGUAAGAUAUCUUUAACCAUCAUUGCAAGGUACUACCUAUGAUAUAUGCAGUGUUGUGUUGUUUUGAGCAUUUCAAAGAAGCACAUUUAGUGUUACUAUUUU